UAUGUAAAUUUUCAACUUUCAAAAAUCUGACAGAAAGAUGUGGUUGUCCCAAUAAAUAAAUAUUUUAUCAAAUGUCUUUAGUUACGUGAUUUUUGAAAAUGUUUAUAAAUGAUGUGCACAAGAAAGAUGAUAUUAAGGAUGUUGCAAUUCAGGAUUUGCGUAGAAUUGGGGUGAAAUUUCGAAGAAAGAAAAAUAAGCCUGCUGUACAGGAAACGAGAAAGACUACAAAAUGUUUCAAAAUUGAUUUGGGCUUGCUGCCAACGCAAGUAGUAACUUUGAGUGAUGGGCAACAAUUGCUGGUUCCUAUAGUAGUACAUGAAUUAUGUUCUUUCAUUUUGAAGAAAAUUGAUACUGAAGGAUUAUUUAGAAAGGAAGGAUCCAAAUCAAGACAAAAUGAAAUUAAAUUGUCAUUGAAUGCAGGUUGUAAAAUUGAGAAUGAUUAUAAUGUCAUUGAUGUAGCUGGGAUAUUGAAGACAUUUUUGAGAGAAUUACCAGAACCACUCAUCCCAACAACAUUUCAUGAAUAUUUUUUAAGAUGUACAAUACUGGAAAAAGAAAAAUUGGAAGCUAUUCUUUUACUCUGCCUUCUGCUUCCUCAAGAAAAUCUUAACGCUCUGGCAUACUUACUUAGAUUUUUCAGUGCCAUAUCUAAACGAUCUGCCUACAAUAAAAUGAGUACCUUAAAUCUAGCCAUAGUUAUUGGACCGAAUAUUAUACCUUUUUAUCAAGAUAAAUCUUAUACUGCACAACAUAAAAUAAAGAAAAUUUGUGAACUAGUCCAGCUCCUUAUAGAAAAUGCCAGCAAAGUUGGAAUUAUACCGAAUUAUAUAAUAGAUCAAGUGGCAGACUCUAAUGCAGCAAAUGAAGAUUUUGUUGUUGAGAAGAAAAAAAAACGACGAAGUGGUUCUUUAACAAGAAUGUUUAAUGGUCUUAGAAAAAUGGUAGGAAAUAGAUCUGAUGAAAUGUCACCAACUAUUGUAACUCCCGAUCUUCUGUUAACCCCCUCCAUUAGUAGAAGUGUGAAAAAGAGGAAGAUGGAAUCUGUUGGCUUAUCCAAUAAAAAAAAAAAAGAAGUAAUAAGCAAAUUACCAGAAGGGAAAAUUCUCAAGAUGCCAUUUGCACCUGUAUCAACUCCAAUUAGUGAAAAUCCAAAGGGAAAAGAAAAGAAAACUCAAUGGUACACAAAAGCAAAAACUAUAAAGUCAUCAAAAUCAGAAAAUGAAGAGAACGUUAGAUCUAGUAGAACGAGUUUGGGUCCGAGAUCAAUUAUAGAACGAAGAUGGUCUGCUGUGAGCAGUGUAGCUGCAUUUAGAAGAAAUAAGAAACGUAACUCCUUUGGUGGUUCCCAUCACGAAUUGAAUGGUCCUUCGACUAAUUCUGCAUCAAGUGUGGUCAAAAUGGAUGAUGUUGCAGAAGAUAGUUUUGUCAAAAUAUCAAAGGUAGAAUAUGAACAGAUUAAGAAUAGAGUUUCGGAAAUAGAGAGAAGGAUUUCAUUAGAAAUGGACAAUGUGCAGUCCGAAAUGGAGGAGGUGAAUGAAAACUGUGAUAAUAACAUUGAUCCUGUGAAACAUGUUCAAACAGCCUAUGAACAAACUUUGGUUCAAUCAGAACCAUUGAGUCCUACAACAGAUCAUUUGGCAAGAAGGCUAAGCCGUGAGUUGAAAAUUAGGCGUAGUUCUGAUCAUGUUGUAAUUCGAUCACCUAGUGCCAGAAAGAUAGGUACGCUAAAACGGAGAUCAAGAGAACUGGAAAGACAAAAUGGAAAAUUGUUACGGAACCAGUCAUGGCAUGUGAGCAAAGAAGCAAUAACGAUUCCACGAGUUCAAUUGAGACCUCGAAGAGCUAGUUCUUCUCAAUCCAAUUUUACUUGUGGACAAAGUGAUGCAGGAAUUUCACAUGUAUCAACACCGAAUUUAUCUGAUAGAGUUCUUCGUUCAUCUGUGAUUAAAAACACUUCAAUUUCAUCAGUUGACACACCUGCGAAAAAUCCCUCUCAGUCUGUCAUAUCUUACAAUACACCUUCUGCUACUACUUCAUCAGAUCAUUGGACGAGUGCUGAAAAAUAUUUUUCAAAUUUACAAACACCAUGCCCUACUGUUGACCCACCGAAUAGUCGACCAUCUGUUGCAAAACUGAGGAGUCAAAAUGCUGGAAUGGUUCUUGCAAAAGCGAGGCUAUUUGAUAAUCUUGUAGAUACAGAUAAUUCAAAUGUAAGUGAUAAAUCUACAAAAUCUAUUAGUAAAGUGAAAACACAUAAAAUAGGAAGUGUUAGACAAUUAGAUGCAAAAUCAGGACAGAGGAUAAAAAGUUUGAGGGCAGAAGAAAAGAAAGUGACUAGAAAAACAUCAUCUCCUAGAAGAAACCGAUUGAAUUUAUCUCAAAAACAAAAAUUGCAAGCAGUUAGACAGCUUGUUGAAGGGCAUAGAAAUAGGAGGCUGAACGAUACAAUAGUUGAACAAAAAUGCCCUCUUGUGAUUGAUAAAAAUUUAAUGUCUCCUAUCAAAUAUACUCCCCAUCGGAGUCCAGUGAUAAAAAAAUCUCUCAUUACAAGAUCUCCUAAGAGGUUAUGCCGAACUCCACAUCUUGAUAAAAGCACGCCUCUUAAAGUUUUUACUCCAAAAUAUAUGGAUUAUUAAUUGCUCAAAAUAUUGACUUUUUGUAUGUUACAUUUUUUUAUAAUUUUGAAUGAAAAUAUAUUUUAAUAACAAUUUGAA